AUGUCUUCUUAUAUUAUCACCUGCAAGCCAACCGCAACCGACGACGAGGUCCAGGCUGUCAAGGACCACGCUCAGAAGCAAGGCGGCACUAUUGGACACGAGUACUCGUUGAUCAAGGGCUUUGCCGUUUCUUUCCCUAAGGAUACGGUCCACAGCCUCGAUACGCACCCGCAUGUGGACAAUGUCGAGGCCGAUAAGGAAGUGACGACGCAGUAA